GGUCCCUUCUCUCUCGUCACUCAGUAAGCGGAAGUCCCGCCCACUCCUGCUCGGUGGAUCAGGAGGAUGUUGAACAAGGCUCAGCAGCAUCACUGUUCAUCACGAUCAUCAUCCAACCCCAGGGUCGUCAUCAGCGGGGAGCAAACGGGCUAACUGACAGGAGCACAGCAGUCUUCCUCAGAGGCACCGCGGGGAUGAAGAGCCCCACUCUGUGAUCGGAAGCGACCGCUAAUCCCGGGGAUAUAUGUUCAGGACCUCGAUGCCGUAGAGACGCAGACGGAGAGAAACCCAAGAUGGAGAAAAAGAAGCCGUGUCCUCGACUUCUGGACUACCUGGUGGUGGUGGGGGCCAGGCAGCCCAGCAGCGACAGCGUGGCGCAGACCCCCCAGCUGCUGCGGCGCUACCCCCUGGAGGACCACCCUGACUUCCCGCUGCCCCCUGACGUGGUGUACUUCUGCCAGCCCGAGGGCUGCCUGAGCGUCCGGCAGCGCCGCGUCAGCCUGCGCGACGACGCCUCCUUCGUCUUCACGCUCACCGACAAGGACUCGGGCAUCACGCGCUACGGCAUGUGCGUCAACUUCUACCGCUCCUUCCAGCGCGGCGGUGGCGGCGGCGGGGGGCACCACCGUAACCGCGGCGACAAGGGCGGCCCCACGGAGGCGGCGGAGGCGGCCGGCGAGGGCUCGGAUGGCGGCGCGGCCCCCGGGGCGGCGCGCCCGCCCGGCUGCGCCCCGCGGGGGGGGCCGGCGGGGCCCGGGGCGGGGGCGGAGCCCCCCGGCGGGGAGCCCGGCGCGGGCCGCUCCCCGCGGCGGCGGCGCGCGGCGGCGGCGCGGGCGGCGGAGCGCAGCCGGAACAGCACGCUGACCUCGCUGUGCGUGCUCAGCCACUACCCCUUCUUCUCCACCUUCAGGGAGUGCCUCUACAUCCUGAAGAGGCUGGUGGACCGCUGCAGCCAGCGGGGAGCCCUGCAGGCCGGGGCCGGGCCCGGGGCCGCCCAGAGGGACACCAUGUGGCGCGUGUUCACCGGCGCUCUGUCGGUGGAGGAGCGCGGCAGCCUGCUGCUGGCGGACCUCCGGGAGAUCGAGGCCUGGGUGUACCGGCUGCUGCGCUCGCCCGUCCCCGUGGCUGGCCAGCGCCGCGUGGACGUGGAGGUGCUGCCCCAGGAGCUCCGGAGGCCGCUCACCUUCGCCCUGCCCGACAACUCCCGCUUCUGCAUGGUGGACUUCCCCCUGCACCUCCCGCUGGAGCUGCUGGGGGUGGACGCCUGCCUGCAGGUGCUCAGCUGCAUCCUGCUGGAGCACAAGGUGGUCCUCCAGUCCCGGGACUACAACGCCCUCUCCAUGAGCGUCAUGGCGUUCGUGGCGAUGAUCUACCCCCUGGAGUACAUGUUCCCCGUCAUCCCCCUGCUGCCCACCUGCAUGGCGUCCGCAGAACAGCUCCUGUUGGCGCCCACCCCCUACAUCAUCGGCGUCCCGGCCAGCUUCUUCCUCUACAAGGCCGACUUCAAGAUGCCCGACGAUGUGUGGCUGGUGGACCUGGACAGUAACAAGGUGAUCGCCCCCACCCACGCAGAGAUCCUGCCCCCCCUGCCAGAACCAGAGUCCCUGGAGCUGAAGAAGCACCUGAAGCAGUGUCUGUUUAGAUUGACCGUCAUCACCCAAAAGCAGAUCUUCUCCUCUGACAAUAAGGCUCUGGCCAGCAUGAGUCUGAACACACAGCCCAUCCUCAACCUGGAGAAGUUCCAGGAGGGCCAGGAGAUGCCCCUGCUGCACCCCGCCCGGGAGAAGGCCUCCCCCUCCUCCACCGAGUUCAACCCCCUCAUCUACGGCAACGACGUGGACUCUGUGGACGUGGCCACCAGGGUGGCCAUGGUGCGGUUCUUCAACUCGCCCAACGUGCUCCAGGGGUUCCAGAUGCACACGCGCACCCUGCGUCUGUUCCCGCGGCCGGUGGUGGCCUUCCAGGCGUCCUCCUUCCUGGCCUCGCGCCCCCGCCGCUCCAGCUUCGCCGAGAAGCUGUCGCACACGCAGGCCGUCGAGUUCUACGGAGAGUGGGCCCUGAACCCCGGGAACCUGGCCUAUCAGAGGAUCCACAACAACGUGUAUGACCCGUCCCUGAUCGGGGACAAGCCCAAGUGGUACGCCCACCAGCUGCAGUCGGUCCUGUACCGCGUGUUCGACAGCAGCUCCCAGCUGGUGGAGGCCCUGGCUGGGCCCCUGGAUGACGAGGGCAACGACUCUGACCCCACCGACAGUGGCAGUGACAGUGAGGCGUACGACGGCUCCAGCUCCUCCUACUCCUCUCUGGGCGACCUCGUGAGUGAGAUGAUCCAGGGAGACCUCCAGGGAGGGACGCCAUGCCUGGACCCGCCCUCCCACGCCGCCCUGGGGGACCCCAGCGAGGUGGAGUUCCAGGACCUCCCGCCGCUCAGGGAGGGGCCGGGGCUCGAGGGCCCCCCCGGCGCAGACCCCUCAACCGCUGAGCCCCCUGACGGCCAGCCCCUCCGCUCCUCCUCCAGCACCACCGCCAGUUCCUCGCCCAGCACCGUCAUCCAGGGGCUCCACCAGCAGGGGGAGCCGGGGGAGCCGGGGGAGAUGGAGGCCUCCGCCGCCGCCGCCCUGCAGAACCCGGUGCCCGGCCUUGUGGGGGGCCCCUUCCCCAGGAUCACCACGGACGCAGCCCCCGAGCCCGCCAAGGACAAGAAGGCCGAGUAUGACAACCCGUACUUUGAGCCGCAGUACGGCUUCCCCUCGGAGGACGACCCCGAGGGGCAGGUGGAGUCGUACACGCCCCGCUUCAACCAGAGCCUCAACGGCAACAAGUCCCAGCGGCCCUUGCGUCCCAGCAGCUUGCGUCUCCCGGGGGAGUCGGACGGCGAGGGUGACUCGCGGACCAGCUCGCCCAACUCCACCAUCUCCAACAACAGCAACGACGGCUUCGGGGGCCUCAUGUCCUUCGCCAAUGUGGACGCGUUGUCUCUGGGUGGCAAUGGUCCCACGGAGUCCUUCAGUAAUCUGUACAAGAACCACGGGAGCAACUUCAGUCUGUCCAACCUGGCCAUCCCCAACAAGGGGGCCCGAGAGAAGGCCACCCCCUUCCCCAGCCUCAAAGAUGAGCCUGACAGCCCGGUAUUUGGGCUAAAUUCUCUAAUGGAGAUAAUAUCAGAGGCUGGCCCGGGGAGAGGAGAAGGAGCCCGGGCCCCGCGUGCGCUGGUGGAUCAGAAGUCGUCGGUGAUCAAGCACAGCCCCACGGUGAAGAGGGAGUCGCCGUCGCCCCAAGGCCGCAUCAGCAACACCAGUGAGAACCAGCAGUUCCUGAAGGAGGUGGUGGGCUCGGUGCUGGAGGGCCAGGGCGUGGGCUGGCUCAACAUGAAGAAGGUGCGCCGCCUGCUGGAGAACGAGCAGCUGCGCGUUUUCGUGCUGAGCAAGCUGAACCGCGCCGUCCAAUCAGAAGAGGACGCCCGACAGGAGGUCAUCAGAGACGUGGAGGUGAACAGGAAGGUGUAUAAGGGAAUGCUGGACAUCUUGAAGUGCACGGUGUCGAGCCUGGAGCACUCGUACACCAACGCGGGCCUGGGCGGCAUGGCCAGUGUCUUCAGCCUGCUGGAGAUCGCACGCACGCACUACCAAACCAAAGACCCUGAGAAGCGUAAGCGCAGCCCGACGGACGGCAGCCCGGGCAGCACGGAGAGCCCCCCGGGGCCGGCGCCGGCCCCCCGGGCCCCCCAGGGCCCGCUCGCCGUGCCGCGGCUGCAGCUGCCGCCCCCCCACCACGCCGCGCAGGGCAAGGGGCUCCGCAGCUUCGACACACGCAGUCUGAACGAGGAGAACUUUAUCGCCUCCAUCGAAUUGUGGAGCAGGCACCGGGAUAAGCAAAGUGCUUUGGAAAAACCACAGAGGUCGGACGGGAAGCAGCCGCGCCCCGAGACCACCGACACCGAGGAGAAGAAAUCCCAGAUCAGCGCCGACAGCGGGCUCAGUGUGACCUCCGGCUCUCAGAAGAGCGACACGGAGUCUGUGAAGGGAACCGAGCCCCCGGCCCUGACCAGGAGCACCAGCCAGGACUCUGAGGCCAGCACCGUGAUCAGCAACAGCUCGGGGGAGACGAUGGGCGCGGACAGCGACCUGAGCAGCACGGCGGGAGACGGGCCGGGGGGACGCGCCUCGCUGCACCUCGCCACCUCCCGGGGGACGCUGUCCGACAGCGAGAUCGAGACCAACCCGGCCACCAGCGCCGUGUUCGGGAAAACCCACAAGCUGAAGGUGGCGUCGGCCAAGGAGCCGGUGCGGCCGGUGAGCCGGGCCCCCCCCCCCACCGCCCCCCUGGAGGACGUCAGCAUGAGGAUCUACCUCUGUGAAGGGCUACUUGGGCGGGACAAGAGCUCGGUGUGGGACCAGCUGGAGGACGCUGCCAUGGAGACCUUCUCUCUAAGUAAGGAGCGCUCCACGCUGUGGGACCAGGUGCAGUUCUGGGAGGACGCCUACCUGGACGCGGUGAUGCUGGAGCGCGAGGGCAUGGGGAUGGACCAGGGCCCGCAGGAGAUGAUCGAGAGGUACCUCUCGCUGGGAGACCACGACCGCAAGCGUCUGGAGGAGGACGAGGACCGGCUGCUGGCCACUCUGCUGCACAACAUGGUGGCCUACAUGCUGAUGCUGAAGGUGAGCAAGAACGACAUCCGUAAGAAGGUGCGUCGUCUGAUGGGCAAGUCUCACAUCGGGCUGAGCCACAGCCAGGUCAUCAACGAGCUGCUGGACAAGCUGGCCGACAUGAACGGCCGUGAGAUACCCAUAAGGCCGAGCGGCAGUCGCCACAUCAAGAAGCAGACGUUUGUGGUGCAUGCUGGGACGGACACCACAGGGGACAUCUUCUUCAUGGAGGUGUGUGACGACUGCAUCGUGCUGCGCAGUAACAUCGGCACGGUGUACGAGCGCUGGUGGUAUGAGAAGCUCAUCAACAUGACCUACUGCCCCAAGACCAAGGUGCUCUGCCUCUGGCGGCGCAACGGCCAGGAGACCCAGCUCAACAAGUUCUACACAAAGAAGUGUCGGGAGCUGUACUACUGUGUGAAGGACAGCAUGGAGAAGGCGGCCGCCCGGCAGCAGAGCAUCAAACCAGGGCCCGAGCUGGGCGGAGAGUUCCCCGUCCAGGACAUGAAGACGGGGGAGGGGGGGCUGCUGCAGGUCACCCUGGAGGGCAUCAACCUCAAGUUCAUGCACAGCCAGGAGCGGAAGGUUUUCAUAGAGCUGAGUCACAUUAAAAAGUGCAAUACAGUGAAGGGAGUCUUUGUCCUGGAGGAAUUUGUUCCUGAAACUAAAGAAGUGGUGAUCCACAAGUACAAGACGCCCAUGGCCCACCAGAUCUGUUACUCGGUGCUCUGCCUCUUCUCCUACGUGGCCGCGGUGAAGGGGAAAGAGGACGGCAGACCCAAGCUCCUGUCCCCCCGACCUGUGUCUCCCAGACCCCCGUCCCCAAGACCCCUGCCCAGCUAGUCCACUCCGUCGGACCCCCCCCCCCCUACGUGCCUCUCUGCUCUCCCCUCUGACAAUCCCCCAAAGCGUCCCUCUAAGCACACUCCCCUGACCCCUUUGACCCCCUUUCUUAUCUGUGGUCGUCUGAACAGACCUAGAGGUGUUCCUAGGUCCUGGUGUAUCGUGGUGUUCCCCCCCCCCCCCCCCCCGUCAAUUCCAAUUCGCUCUUGUAAUUAAGAAAUGAAGACGGAGCUGAACGCUGUCGCUCCACUACGGGCCCGGACCACGUCCUGUAGGGUCCGCUCGCCCCAGAGGAGACCCCCCAGGGCGGGCAUCCAGGUCCUGUGCACCACCCUGUGACCCCCCCUCCCCCCCCUGUUUGGUGGUGUCUGUAUUUCGGUCCCUCGUCUCGCCUGGUAUCAGGGUGUGUACAGGCUGCUGGUCCCCCGCAUGUAAAUGCUUCUGUAAAGGUCCCAGUACUCCGUAAAGGUUCUCCCCCCCCCCCCUGUAAAGGUCCCAGUACUCAGUAAAGCCCCCCCCCUGCCCCGGUAAAGGUCCCCGCCUCCCCAAAGUACAGCGGCCUCAGACCUGUUCAGCUCCGCUCGCCGUUCUAUCGUUCCGUGCCGCUCUGCUGUACCCGAUUGCAUGUUCAAAUAAGAUUAAAAAGAAUAAAUAUUAUAUAUGUACAUAUAUAUAUAAUAUUUAUGAUGGAUAUAUAAAUAUAUACGUUGUACAUUUCUCCAUGACGAUGUUGCAAACUGUGGUUUAUUCACUCGAUGUGCGAUACCAAGGUGGGACCACAGGGGGCGCUGUUGAGCCCAUAGAGAAUGUAUGGAAGGGCUGAGUCCUUCUCCUGCGUCUGUUGGUUUUUUUCUACAGUCUAUAUUGAAGUGAAUGUGAUGGCUGUGUGUGGAGUUCGUGUCCCAUCUAUAUAUCUAUGUAGGUGGAUCUAUAUAGAGCUGUAUGGCUACUGCUGUCGUCUUAAGUCUUAAUGUCGUCCUGUACUGUAAGUGGAGUGCUGUUCAAACCGGGACCAUUGCUGUCAUACUUUGUUUUUUUUCUGCGUGUGAUGUUUGUGUAAAAAGGAAACUGAAUCGUUCCUCCCAAUUAGCAAUAUAUCCAUAAGGCUUCGUUACUUUUGACAACAUUUAUUUUUUUGUCAAUUAAAAUGCGCGGUUAAGAGCUCCUGUUAAAGACAUUCCAAUAGCCACCGCCAUGCACCAUAUAUGGGUGUAGAAGAUCCUUCUGGAUAAUAAACAUCUGAAUAUGUAAACGCUCUGAAUAUGUGUAACACUGGAUUCUGUGGCCCAUCCCAGUCAUGGUUCAGCCGACUGCUGUAAACUGAGGGUAUUGCUGAAAUAAGAAGGUCUAUUAUUUCAGGAUUCAACUAAAGUAUUUAUAGAAUAUGUACAGCUUUGGCAAUAUCAUAAUAAAGUUGUCCCAAACGAA